CUUCAUGAAACAAGUAGCCAUUGCACAAAAUUAUGUAUAACUAAUGUACUUUGCAGGUGUGGAAGGAGAGUAUGUUUGUGAGGUUUCUUCCGACGCGUACACAGAGCUAAUAUCGUCGCUAAACGUGAGCUACGCACUUUACGAGUAUGGAUCAUUCCUUGUGGAUCUAGUGGACUCUACAUAUGCGAAGGAAACAUUUAUGGACAUAUCAAACAACUUUUUUCCUAGUCUAAGGCAUUCAACAAAAUUGAUGUGUGUCGGGUUUAUAAUGGUUGCUGCAGCCUCCAUGUUUUCUUUAAGGUCGAGAAAGAAGCCGUCGAAAAUACGCGAUGAAACGAAUGAACCAAUUUCCUCCACCUCAUCCCCCGGGAUACUACAUUGGUGGUCGCGAAAAUAUAGAUAUAUAUAUAGAGUUGGAUAUUCUCCAGCUGUUACUGCAAUAGUUGGAAGCAUUAUCCUAUUUCAGGGUCAAACAUACAGUGAUAACCUAAAGGAGUAGAAGACUCAUUAAAGAGGUAGUACC